AUGCCUUCCCAAAUCAAGAAGAAAGAGCAAGCAGAUGAGAGGACUCAAAAACAAGAGCAACGGAAAGCUAUCGUCGCUCACUUAGCGGAGAUACCAAAACACAACGCCUUGACGGUCACAGUCGAUGGCAGUCAAAUUGUAUUGAAAAUCGACGUUAAUUUCAAAAAGGACUCCUCUAUCUCCUUGAUUGGGAAGGACGAUGGCCCUAAAAAAGACCAAGGUUCGUCAGACUAUAAAACAAACAUCAUUGCGAAGGUGGUUUUGGAUGCUAAUCAUCUCUUCGCAGUUCUAACUCACGUCCUCCACGUCAUUGGCCAGUACAAAGAGAUCGCCACUAUUGUUAGAGUUGGCAUCUUUUACGGCGACCCCGAAGACGAAUCUCCAGUCCUUAAACACAAUCAAACCAAGUUUCUCCGUAGCUUAGCAACGUUGCUCAACAGCUUCACGCGAGCUAACACCAUCAAGAUUGGCGUCAAGAUGCUUAAGGAGAUCCAUUGGCCCCAGGCUCGGAACAGUGUCUGCUUUUGUUGUCUCUCCUUGAAGGGAUGGGAGCUUUAUCUAGGAUACGAUGUCCCCGGUCAAGAGACCACCUGGAAACAAGUAAUUGAAGGAAGCCCUCUCGAUAGACGCUACCUAGGAUGGCAAAAGGUCUUGAGACAACGGUACGAAGCGAGAUUAAACAACGACGAAGCAGUCGAGGCAGCUGCUGUCAACGACACCCUUCCUCAAGCGAAGACUCCAACUGGAAAGAAAGCCUCCGAGGUAUCCACUAAGCAAGUUUGA